CAGACCAUAGGAGAGACUGCGCUGCGCGUUUGCAAAGCUGUCCAUCAGUGCACUGCGCAAUUGCGCAAUAAGGGGAUGUUGAGCGAGCAGCGGCAAGAAAUAAAUACUUAGAAACUAACUGCAGCCACAUGUGCAGGGGUGUCUCUGUUUGUAAUCACGCGUCCCUGGAGACACUAGGUUCAGUACAUCGAUGAUAAUUGGAUGUCCUUUCUUGCGACUCUCCAUCGUGAGCCGGCUGUAUCGUUACAUGGAGACAUGAGAAGGACAACGAAGAAUAACCGUGGAACUGUGUCGGAUGUUUGCUUGUUGGACAUCGUAGUUCCAGCACGAUGCUAUAUGUAAUUUGUUUCAGAAGCUGGACGGUGGAUACAAUUGUCAAAAGUGCGAAUAUUUGAGCGGGACGCACUCACAAUGCACAUAGCGGACAUAGCUGUCUCUGUGUUUGUAGUAGUGAUCAUCGUCGUCUCGUUGCUGUCCAACGUGGUGGUACUGAUCUGCUUUCUGUACAACCAGGAGAUUCGAAAGCAGGUGCCCGGGUUGUUUAUCCUCAACCUAACCUUCUGCAACCUGUUGCUCACCGUGUCCAACAUGCCUCUAACUCUGGUCGGACUUAUCAACAAAGGAAACACUGGAGGCAACGGGUUCUGUCAAACUGUGGGUUUCCUGGACACUUUUCUCACCACCAACUCAAUGCUCAGUAUGGGGGCUUUGAGCAUCGAUAGAUGGGUGGCAGUGGUUUUUCCGCUAAACUACCACUCCAGAAUACGACACCGGGACGCAGUGAUAGGGCUUGGAUAUACGUGGAUGCACUCGCUCUCCUUCUCCACCGUGGCCACCUGCUUUUCCUGGGUUGGGUACCAUCACCUUUACGCAUCAUGUACGCUCUGCAAUGCGAGAGCAAGCGGCACCCGGACGCAGUUUAUCAUCUACACUGUGGUUUUACACUCGCUCACUUUCCUCCUGACCUUGAUCGUGUUGUGUGUAACAUACCUGAAAGUGCUGAAAGUUGCGCGGUUUCACUGUAAACGCAUCGACGUGAUCACUAUGCAGACCUUAUUGCUGCUUGUGGAUAUUCACCCGAGUGUGCGCCAGCGAUGCCUGGAUGAGCAGAGACAGCGGAGGCAGAGAGCCACCAAGAAGAUCAGCACAUUCAUUGGAACGUUUGUGGUGUGCUUCGCCCCCUAUGUCAUCACGAGAAUCUUCGAGCUCUUCAACCUAGGACAGAUAAACCCUCACUGGGGUGUGCUGUCUAAGUGUUUGGCCUACAGCAAGGCAGCCUGCGACCCUUUUGUCUACUCACUGCUCCGGAAACAGUACAGGAAGACAUGCAGCAACCUGGCCAACAAGAUCCUGAAGAGAAGUUCCUUUAACUCCUCCACCCGCAUGGUGGAGAAUGGCAUGGCCAAUGACACGAACGACACCAACAACAUCAAACCCACCCAGUGAAGGGCCUUGCUGUUGCCUGACUAUGGCAAGAUGGAGACGUUGAGGUACUUACAUACCUAAGUACUGAGCCAUGGUUGGAGAGUGGAGAGAGUUGAAAAAACCUGAGAAGACAUUGCUGCUUGGUAUCGAUUUCGUACUUUCGCAAUUUUGAGCGGGGUUAAGUGCUGCUCUGUUGCCUCAUGGUGUGACAUGAGUGAGAAAACGUGACGUCCUUAAUUGGGAAGAUAUGACAGAGAGUCAUGUAGAUCAUGAAUUACUGUUGCUAAGCCAGUGAGUCACUCGUAGUUAAUUAAAGUAUGUUAAUUAGUGUAAAAUGGUUUCAUUCCAACCAAGUGGUUUUGAUGGAGUGAUGUCAUGCUGUAGCACGUAUGACUUCAGAUAAGACAAAUUAGAUUUUGACAUAGGUUGGUGUUCAUUAGUGUAGCAACACCACCAGGAUUCACUGUUCCUGGACCCAGUGAGUUGGUGUACACAGUAGCAUUCCCUGACUAGGACUCACAUAGCUAAGAUGAUGUAGCUGCAAGGACAAAAUUCUACACAAUUGAGUGCCUUUCAAACUUCUGAUUAAAUCACAGUAAGAGGGAUAACAUGUCUCUGUAUCACUAUUACCUAAGUGUACUAACAUCUGGAUGGAUAACUAUGGGAAUAUAAAGCAUUUGAGAUAAUUAUUUGUUGGUAUGAUACCUUGUGCGAUAUAGCUGCAAAAUGAAUACAGUGACUCAGCGACAUAGUUGUGUGCAGAUGUAGGGCCUUAAUUUGAUCACUGCUUUGUUGCUGAGAAUUUUCCUGCACGGCAGGAAAUGCAAACUUGUAGUGUAUUCAAGGUUUAAAAAGGCUUCUAAAGUUUGUAAUUUCCACUUUAACAUUUCUGACUUGAUUUGCGGUAACAACAAAUGUAUCAACCCCUACAAAACAAUUCCAUUAAUUAUAAUACACAUAAUAUUUAACAUUUCCUGUUGCUGCAGGAUUGUUUUCCUGCUGUGGCAAACUGGCUCAAAUUAAGACCCUACAUCUGUAUGAUGGUAGAGUAUGGUAAGCUGAUGAUGUGGCGUUAUCAAACUGUUUCUUGAAUAUUAUUAUAUUGUAUUAUCAUAUCAUGCAUAAAACUGGGUAAUUUUGUUAUUGAAUGUGAUAGUAUAGCCAUUAUAUCCAUACUGUAUAAUGUGUUUUUAAACAUUAUAUUUUUACUGUACAUUACUAACACACACAGUAUGACUACUUCAUCUAUAGAGGAGUCACCUGAGCGGUCAGUAGAUUACAUUUUCAGUUGUAAAGUUAAUACAUUUUGGUGAUGUUGGCAACCAAGGUAAAGUGUAUUACUUUCAUUUCCUUUGAGUGUUUAAUGCCCUAGACAGAUGAAAAUGUAUAUUAAUUUUAUUAAAAGCAGUCAAAGCAGUGUUCAGUUUUGUUAAAUACAUUUGUGAUUUUAUUGAAAUAAAUGCUGUGCAUUUUA